GAAAAGGUGCGAGCUCGGAAUCUCCCCCCGGAUGCCCUCUCUGCCUCUGCUACGCUUGAAGCAUGGGAGCGCUCACCAGCAGGCAGAACGCCGGAGUGGAAGAGGUGGACAUCCCGUCUAAUUCCAUCUACAGAUAUCCUCCUAAAUCCGGAAGCUACUUUGCCAGCCACUUCAUCAUGGGAGGUGAGAAGUUUGAUUCUACACAUCCUGAGGGUUACCUCUUUGGAGAGAACAGCGACCUCAACUUCCUUGGGAACAGACCUGUAGCGUUUCCAUAUGCUGCCCCACCACCCCAAGAGCCAGUGAAGACUUUGAGAAGCCUGAUCAACGUCCGUAAGGACACAUUGCGCCUGGUCAAAUGCACAGAGGAAGUGAAGACUCCAGGAGAGGAAGUCAGCAAAGCAAAAGUCCAUUACAAUGUGGAGUUCACAUUUGACACGGAUGCACGGGUGGCUAUAACAAUUUAUUAUCAAGCUACUGAAGAAUUCCAAAAUGGAGUAGUGAGUUACAUCCCCAAAGACAACAGUUUGCAGUCUGAGACUGUCCAUUACAAGCGAGGAGUCUGCCAGCAGUUCUGCCUCCCCUCCCAUACUGUGGAUCCCUCAGAAUGGACUGAAGAGGAGCUGGGCUUUGAUCUGGACCGGGAAGUCUAUCCCAUGGUGGUUCUUGCAGUGGUAGAUGAAGGAGAUGAGCAUAUGGGUCAUUGCCAUGUACUCCUGGCGACUUUUGAGAAGCAUGCUGAUGGCAGCUUUUGUGUGAAGCCCCUCAAACAGAAGCAAGUGGUGGAUGGAGUGAGUUACCUGCUUCAGGAGAUCUAUGGAAUAGAAAACAAAUACAAUACUCAAGAUUCCAAGGUGGCAGAAGAUGAGGUGAGCGACAAUAGUGCAGAAUGUGUGGUCUGCCUCUCGGAUGUCCGGGAUACCUUGAUCUUACCUUGCCGCCAUCUUUGCCUCUGCAACACCUGUGCUGAUACCCUGCGUUACCAAGCCAACAAUUGCCCCAUCUGCAGGUUACCGUUUCGGGCCUUGCUGCAGAUCAGAGCCAUGAGAAAAAAACUUGGACCUCUUUCCCCAACCGGCUUCAACCCUAUCAUCGCCUCCCAGACAUCAGACUCGGAGGAGCACUCGUCUUCAGAGAACAUCCCUCCUGGCUAUGAGGUGGUCUCCCUCCUGGAAGCCCUUAAUGGGCCUCUCACUCCAUCUCCAGCAGCCCUUCCGCUCCAUGUGCUUGGGGAUAGCCACGUGACAGGAAUACUGCCUUCGUAUGGCAGUGACAGCCAUCUGCCUCCUGUCCGGACACUGUCUCCCCUUGACCGCUUGUCGGAUUGUGGUAGCCAAGGACUCAAGUUGAAGAAGAGCCUGUCCAAGUCAAUCUCCCAGAAUUCCUCAGUACUACAUGAAGAGGAGGACGAGAAGACCUGCAGUGAAUCUGAAAUAAGGAUUUCCAGGAAGAAGUCUCCUCGUCCUCAUGAGGAGGAAUGUGGUGUGACGCCAGAGAGUGAAAACCUUACAUUAUCCUCCUCAGGAGCAAUAGACCAGUCUUCAUGUACAGGAACUCCUCUCUCCUCUACUAUCUCUUCCCCAGAAGAUCCCGUUAGCAGCAGCCUGGCACAGUCAGUCAUGUCCAUGGCCUCCUCCCAAAGCCAGCAUUCUGAAAUCAGCACUGACACCAUGUCUUCCAUGUCAGGCUCCUAUGUAGCUCCCGGCACGGAGGAAGAGGGAGACAUGAUCCCAUCCCCUGCUGUUGCCAGCGGGAUACCUUCAGAAGGAGACUCAACAACCCCUGUUGAAUCUCCAGAUGCAAACUUUGUCAGUAUCUCAGCAGAGGAGCGAGAUGCAGAGGGCAAUGACGUCAUGGAGGAAGAGGAUGAUUCUCCCACACAGGAAGAUGGCCAAAGGACAGGCGCAUACCUAGGUAUGGAGUGUGACAAUAACAAUGACAUUGGCAACGCAAGCGUGAAAGCACUGGACAAUAAGCUGUGCUCUGAGGCCUGCUUACCUGGUAUCCAGGCAUCAGCUGACAAUUCUCUGAAUCACAGCCAGACACUGAGGCACCACUUCUCUGCCAACAACAUCGACCUGGAGUAUGAUGAAGAUCUGCAGUGCAUGUUGGGACCUCUGUGUCCUCGAUGAUGUCACAUUGUUUGGAGGGGAAAAUCACGACACUGAACAUGUUUUCCCUUAAAACACUAUAAGAAGCAAAGAAUAGGAAAGCUGCAGGCAUUAACCCUGUCAAAUACUGCAGAUGAUGUGAUAUUGAUUUUGGAAAACACGCGCGUGCACGCGCACACACACACACAAACACACACCCCUGGCAUUCUUAACGCGUGAUCCAAAUUCCCCAUGUAGCAUUCAGUGUUAGACUGAACUCACAGUAGGAGUGGAUGAAUGACUUGAGUUGGAUUUGAUGACGCCUCCAUAAAUGUUCAUUCUUUGUCUCCUUAUUAUCAUC